AUGGCAGAAGGAGUAUGUAAGACCGAGGAGGAUGAAGGACCCAGCACCGAGGAAGAUUCACAGUCUUUUCACGGCAUCGGCGUGUGUAAAUGGUUCAACGUCCGCAUGGGCUUCGGUUUCCUGUCCAUGACCAACCGAGAGGGAGUGCCUCUGGACGAACCGGUUGAUGUGUUUGUCCAUCAGAGCAAGUUGCACAUGGAAGGCUUCCGCAGCCUAAAGGAGGGCGAGGCAGUCGAAUUUACCUUCAAGAAGUCAUCAAAGGGCCUCGAGUCACAGCGAGUUACUGGCCCAGGUGGCAUCCACUGUGUGGGCAGCGAGCGAAGACCCAAAGGCAAGAAAGUCCAGAAGCGACGCUCGAAGGGAGACAGGUGCUACAACUGUGGAGGCCUGGACCACCAUGCCAAAGAGUGCAAGCUGCCACCCCAACCCAAGAAGUGCCACUUCUGCCAGAGCAUCGAUCACAUGGUUGCCACAUGCCCAAUCAAAGCACAGCAGUCCUCACCGGGUUCUCAGGGAAAACCAUCCUCUUUGAAAGGAGACAAGGAGGAGCACAGCCCCUUGGCACCACCUCCCGAGACCUCUGAUUAAACAAGGGAUCUGACGCCAGGGAAGCACAGAGGCCAAUCAAACUGCUUUGAUGGAGAGGAGGGACACAUGUUCCCCUUCCAGCUGUUGAAGCUGCUUUUGGAACUACCUCAGGUUAAAAAAAAAUACUCAUGAAGAAUGUUGCUGAAGAUUUUUUUUGUUUGUUUCAUUUGGUGUAACACUCAGGAAUUCUGCUUUUUAUUGCACUCAGGAUGCUUCCUAAAUGUAUGAAUCACUGCUGUUGUUUAAUUGGUUAGGGAUUGUAGUGAGCAAUGCCAUAUAACAGAUGGUCUUCAUGCGUUUUUGCAUAUUUCUUUUCUGUGAUACUCCGCCAUUAUACUUCUUCUGUUUUUUGGAGUAAUACUCAUUUUAUUUAGUGUAGAGCUACACUUUUGCUGCCUUACCAUUUAGUCUUCUUCCUGACUGUUACACGUCACUAUCCGACAAGGCAGAGAUGUAACAGUUAGUACCUCCGUAAUGAAUGUUAGUUUGCAUAUCGCAUGGGGACUGGGAGGGUUUGUGAAAAAAACCUGGGACGGGUUUAAGGGUAUAGCUAUAGGCAAUGUAUUGGCAUCUGCCAAUAUUGCAGUUGACCAUCCAGGUUUCCUAGGGCCAAAUGAAUGUCCGACCAGAGGUGGUUUCCAGCUUUUGGUCAGUUAUAUUUUGUCAUUUCAUUUUUUCAAACCAGCGUAAUGCUGGCUGUCUAAAAGUGCAUGGUCUACCUCAUUGGUGCAUGUUUGGUCUGCUACUAAAACCAUCAUCCUGACUGCUGGUGGUAAACCAAAUAUUCUCAAAAUACAGCUUUGGAGAUUGUGAUUUGAAUUGGGAUUACAGCUAAUCCUUUUUGCACUACAGUUUUAAUACAGGAUUCUCAUUGACUAUAAUAUACCUUCUUAAAGAGUAACUUAGCACCUGCUGAAAAUCUUGUUUUUGCUAACCUUCGGUGGUUCAACUUCUGACCUUGCUGCAGUAAUGUGCUGGUACAAGAGCUUGUGAAAUCAGUGCUGAGUGUGGUCUGAUGUGCACUUUGUUGCCCUUGUAACCUCACCCAUGUGGUUUCACACUACAGACUACCUUCAGAGGUUUAGAGGGAGCCGUGCAAAAUCUUUAUUUACAUAGUGAAACAAUAUAGGGUUGCGGUGGUAGAAAGAAGUUGACAGUAGAUUUCUGUAGUUUUUUUCCUCAUCCCUACUUGAGAGUAAAAGCUUGAGAACAACUUUUUAACUGGCACACCUUGUAAGUUGCUUCGUUAAGUGAGUCAGAGUGUCAGAAUUUUGGUUUAUGAAAGCUACAGAAAUGCUAGACACAGCCGUUACAAUGCUGACAUUGAAAUAUUAUGUGGGGAGUAUGAUUCCAAAGCUAUUACAUCAUCUGACACGUAUUCAUAGUAUGGUCAUGGUGUGGUCUGUUGUACUAGGCUAUGUGAUAUAGUUGCACAGUUAUUCAGGGUGUGGAAAAUAUGGUUGGCAGGGCAAUCAAGUGACUCCUUAGAGUCUCACUCAGAGAGGGCAGCAGAACACUGCUUUUCAGCUUGAUGUUAAGUUACUCUUUAAUUGUCUAACAGCUCAACUUUACCUCUGCAGUAUAUUCUCAUUCUACUGGCUGCUGUGUGAAAGACUGCUGUUUUACUAUUACCUCAACUUGGAUUUGAAUUUCGACCAAUGGGAUACUAAUCCCAACACAUGUGCAACAUCAACUCUCUUCUUGAUACUUGAAUACCAUGAGGCAGAAUCAGACAUGAUGUUGCCAGUGAGGAGGCUGGUGUUUUUGUUUAGUCAAUGUGAUCCAUUUUUAGGUAGUUAUUUAAGACAUUACCUCCAUGUAACCCUUAGUAGGGUUAUGGUUCAGGAACACCAAGCCUGCACGGAGGAGCAUGUAGGACUAGCUAGCUAAUCAGCAUUUUACUCCCGUUUUACAGGAGAAGCUGACUGUGACUUUACACCCAAUUAAUAUAUAUGUAUAAUUAUUCUAAAGUCUUUUUUAAAAAUAUCAUACUACUUAUUUAUUUUCAUCCAAGAGUGCUGCAGCUUCUCCUCCUGCUCCUGUUGAAGCCUCUCAGCAAUUAAUGAUCUACUAAACAUCAGAAAACUGCCAAAUGUCAUUUAAAACUACAUAUGACUUGAGAAUAUAUUUGGGUAACAGAUUUUUAACAUCAAGGUACUCCUCUUACUUUGUACAUAUGUGCUUGAUAAAACACUGUCAUUGUCCUUAAUAAUAUAAUAUGAAUACAAUGAAACAGUAAUAUAUUGCACCAUAAGAGUAACAAUAUACAGUACAUACUGUACAGGUAUAAUGAGGACUGACAAAGAACAGUGAGGGUUUUUUUUUUUAUUAUAUGCUUUGCCUUGUAUGUUUUUUUUUUUCUGUGCGCAAUGAGCUUUUCAGAAGAGAAGCCCAUUGGCAUACCUAUCUAUGCCUAAACUAAUGCAAUGUAACUCUGCACUAAUCAUGUGUAAGAUGGAUCAUUUUUUAUUAUUCAGUUUCAAUCACUUUUAAAUAUAUGUUUCAGAUUUUUUAGAUUAGAGUUAUUAUAAUUUGCAAAAACCACAUGCAGUCAGUUGCUGGUUGGGAAAAAAAACACCUCCACUCUUGGGCUCAUCUCAGGAAUUGCCAAUCUGAAAUCUCAGGGAUUGCUUCAGAUUGAUUGGAAGGAGUCAAGAAGUGUUUGUUCAAGACAAAGCAGGGAUUAAAUGUGCAUUUGCAUCACAUGAAGCAUACAACACGGAAGCCACAGUAAAAUGGGCUUGGGAAUGUCUUGGUGCAACAGUUUCUAUUUUUACAAUUAGAAAAAUACUAAGAUUUUGGUCAAAGAAGCAAUGGCUAAAAACGAUGUUCAGGAAUUAAUGUUGAGAUCUACAAGCUUUUUUGACUCUUCUUUCCAUGCACCCAGUGUGACGGUGCUCUUAAUAUUUUUGUCUUCUUUGGUAUAACUCGCUGUGAUAUAUGAUAUGAAGAAAAUGUUUUACUAUUAUUGAUUUCUUUUUUCCUCUAUAAUCGUUGUAGAUGGGGAUAUAGUAGGAUAUUGUAAAGGGAUUGGGGCUAGUAGUAUAUAAUCCAGGGUUGUCUCAUCUCAACACAAUUAUGGUUCUGACUAUCAAUGCUUAUGACAAAAAGAAUGUGUCAUUGACGACUUAACACUCAAAUAUUACCUCACACCCUACUGUUAGUUGAAAGAGUGCAAAAUCAAACAUUGUUUUGAUAAUUCCAUUCCACAAAAUUGGUAAUGUAAGUGCUGUGAUUAGAUGAAACAAUUUGCAAUUCUUUGUAUUUUUAUUUUGAAUUUCCCAUUUAAAAUGGCUGUGCCAGUAUAUGUUCUAACGUGAACACUGUUUGCUGCAGGUUUUUCCCCAAAAGGGACACAUAUGAAAGAAUUUUGCUAGUUUAUUUCUGUGAUAAUGCAUUCUGUUAUUCUUUUAAAUAACAUAAAACCACUGAAUGCCUGCCUCAUCUGUCAAACUAUCAAGUCUACAGCAAUCUAGAUUCCUACUGUUUAGAUAAAGGGUGAUUUAAAGGGUUAUAAUAUUUGUAAUAUUCUGCAGUGCUUACUUGGCUGUUUUCAAAAUAUUUUUUUGAAACUAAGGAUGUUUAUGCCAGACAUUCUGAUUGUAACAAACCUAUUUGACCCCUCAAUGGUGUGUUAUUGUGAUUUUAUUGUUGGGUGUUAGAUAGGUUAGAUAUUCCCUUAAAAUCCAAGGACUUGUAACACCAUGUGCUCAAGAGAACAUUUGAAGCUCAUCAAGGCAUUCUGUUUUGCAUUUUUCUUUGUACUUUUCAUGGUACAGCUUGUUUGUAAGCACCACCCAUUUAAUUUGUGGUGGUGUAUUUUAUCAGGUAAAUGGCUAGAGCUACUUCCCAAAAUGUGCAUUUAUUACUAAUGAAUGUAUCAAUGUUUACUGCCAUAAAACUACAAUUAUCUUGAUCUCAGGUGAUUUAAUGGCUAGU